UCUAGUCGGACGGGGUUGUGAAAAAAAUGGUUGUCACGAUAUUUAGCUUGCCAAUCUACAAAUGACAGAUACAUAUAAAAUUAUACAGAGUACACUAUCCAUGUCAGGGUCCAAGAAGGAUUUUCGCAGUAUUGUGCAACUUUUUGUCAUAGACAGGAAUAUUUUAUCUUGUCUGCAAACCCACCGUGAAUUGACUGCUGAGUGACUUAACCAGGUGGUGUUGGCACCUUUGUGUGCCAUCUCAUUCCAAGUCCCAGAGGAACUUUACAGUAGAAGAUGAACGGCCUGUCCAUUAGAGAGCUCUGCUGCCUGUUCUGCUGCCCUCCUUGCCCCAGCCGCAUCGCAGCCAAGCUGGCCUUCCUCCCUCCAGAGCCCACCUACUCCAUGCUGCCUGACCCGGAGGCUACAGCUGCGGCAGCAGCCGGGACCACGCCAGGGGGUGCUCCCCCCUCUCUGGGGGCUCCAGGCCUGCGAUCCCGGCUGGGUGGUGGUGCGGGAGACAGAGGGGGUGGUGGUGGAGGAGGUGGCGGAGAGGGCAGGUGGAAGCUCCAUCUGACAGAGAGGGCAGAGUUCCAGUACACUCAGAGAGAGCUGGACAUGACAGAUGUGUUCCUGACCAGGUCCAGCCGGGGGAACAGGGUGGGCUGCAUGUACAUCCGAUGUGCCCCCAACGCCAGGUUCACAGUGCUAUUCUCCCAUGGUAAUGCAGUAGAUUUGGGUCAGAUGAGUAGCUUCUACAUUGGCCUGGGCACUCGUAUCAACUGCAACAUCUUCUCCUACGACUACUCUGGCUACGGUGUCAGCACCGGCAAACCCUCAGAGAAGAACCUCUACGCUGACAUAGACGCUGCCUGGCACGCCCUGCGCUCGCGGUAUGGCAUCAGCCCAGAGAACAUCAUCCUGUAUGGGCAGAGUAUUGGCACAGUACCAACAGUGGACCUGGCGUCCAGGUUUGAGUGUGCUGCUGUGGUGCUCCACUCCCCUCUCACUUCUGGCAUGAGGGUGGCUUUCCCCGACACCAAGAAGACGUACUGCUUCGACGCCUUUCCCAACAUAGAGAAGGUGUCUAAGAUCCCAUCCCCGGUGCUGAUCAUCCACGGGACGGAGGACGAGGUGAUAGACUUCUCCCACGGCCUGGCUCUGUUUGAGCGCUGUCCCAAGGCCGUGGAGCCACUCUGGGUGGAGGGGGCGGGACACAACGACAUAGAGCUGUACAGCCAAUACCUGGAGAGACUACGGCGCUUCAUCAACCAAGACCUGGCUGCAGCACACGCCUGAGUGAGGAGGUGAGGAUGUGUGUGUGUGUGUGUGAGGAGCUGUACAACAACAUCAAACUACAGCCUUAAGUCUGUAGAAAAGGAGCAUCCACUAUGCUGUAAGUGUGUCUGGCUGUGUGUCUGGCUGUGUGUCUGGCUGUGUGUCUGGCUGUGUGUCUGGCUGUGUGUCUGGCUGUGUGUCUGGCUGUGUGUCUGGCUGUGUGUCUGUGGUUGAGGUUGUGUGCAUUGACUCAUGGGAAUGAAGGAUCUUGGUAUGGACACCUGUAAGACGCCUGGAUACGUGUUCCUAGAGACUUCCUGUGGCAGAGCAUUUGUGCACUACGAACUGUCUUCUCUGUGUACAUGUAUGUAUGUACAACUCCCAGAGUUGAAGAUGCUCUCUGUAUGGACCUGAGCUGACAUUACUCCUCCCUGUGUCUGCAGUGGACAUCUGUCUGUCUACUUUUCUGUCUCUCUCCCUGUCUCUCUCCCUGUCUCUCUAAUAAUGAACAUUUCUCUCUGGGUUUCUUUCAACUAUCCUGUCCUAACUAAGGACUAGGGUGAAGAAUAGAACUGGCCUUUGAGAGUCUAAGAGAAAGUCUGCUCUCCUGUGUGUUUGUCUUUGGCUGUAGAAGGCAGCCAUUUGAACUUCUUCUGAGUUAAAGGUUGUGAUAACUGAGUGAGAGUGUGGAAUGCAGGAUGUACUGCAGUAUUACUCUGACUAGUUGUUUGACUGUUGCCUGUCCAUAUUAUCUAAUGUGUCUGAAGUGAAAGGGUUGUGGAGACAUUGAUGUCUCUGAAGCCUGAGAUGAACAUGGAGAGUCUGAUCCCAGAUCUGUUUAUGAUCACAAACCAAUCUUGAAUCAGGCAACAAAAACAUAUAUCUAGUUUGUUUUCUUCUGUAAGGAGACCUCUGUCUCUUGAUAGAUUCCUAAUGUCAAUGAACUAUAGUGGGAAAAACGUUUGAGAAAAUAAUGUUCAUUUAUAUCCAGUCUUCUCUGUGGCUCUUGAGACAGGUCCGUUGACUCAUGACGAUAGAGAGAGCAAGACAGUGGAUGGUGUCCGUGAGGCCGUCUCAACUGGCAUUUUCUGUUACAUUUGAUCGCACAUAUACACUAUAUAUACAAAAGUAUGUGGACACCCCCUCAUAAGUGGAUUUGUCUAUUUCAGCCACACCGGUUGCUGACGGGUGUAUAAAAUCAAGCACACAGCCAUGCACUCUCCAUAGAGAAACAUUGGCAGUAGAAUGGCCUUACUGAAGAGCAGUGACUUUCAAUGUGGCUCCAUCAUAGGAUGCCAUCUUUACAACAAGCCAGUUCAUCAAAUUUCUGCCCAGCUAGAGCUGCCCCGGUCAACUGUUAUUGUGAAGUGGAAUCUGCUAGGAGCAACAAUGGCUCAGCCGAGAAGUUGUAAGCCAUACAAGCUCAUGGAAUGGGACCACCGAGUGCUGAAGUGCGUAAAAAUGGUCUGUCCUCAGUUGCAACACUCACUACCGAGUUCCGAACUGCCUCUGGAAGCAACGUCAGCACAAUAACUGUUCGUGGGGAGCUUCAUGAAAUGGGUUUUCAUGGCCAAGUAGCCGCAUACAAGCGUAAGAUCACCAUGCGCAAUGCCAAGUGUCGGCGGGAGUGGUGAAAAGCUCGCUGCCAUUGGACUCUGGAGUAGUGGAAAUGCUUUCUCUGGCCUGCACAGAGCCCUGACCUCAAUCCCAUCGAACCCCUUUGGGAUGAAUUGGACCGCCGACUGCGAGCCAGGCCUAACUGCCCAACAUCAUUGCCCGGCCUCACUAAUGUUCUUGUGGCUGAAUGGAAGCAAGUCCCCGCAGCAAUGUUCCAACAUAGUGGAAAGCCUGCCCAGAAGAGUGGAGGCUCUUAUAGCAGCAAACGGGGGACCAACUCCAUAUUAAUGCCCAUGUUUUUGGAAUGAGAUGUUCGUCGAGCAGGUGUCCACAUACUUUUGGUCAUGUAGUGUAUGAAAUGGUUGUUCACUUUGCUGCUAUUCAACUGUCACUCGCAUAAGACUACUCCUGAGGACUAUUCCUCAUGAGAAAUAAAUGGUGUUUAUAGCAUCUUAUAAAUAUAACACUUUGACUGACUUUCUGACAUCUGAAAGGAAUACAAAGGCAUUAAUUCACAUUUAUCCUCAAUCUUUAAUCGUGCAUUUUCCUCUCAAAGUAAUAAAAAUGUGUAUAGUGUAUAGCGGAGCCACAGAGCUCGUCAAAGUGUUAGAAAUGUUGAAUUUUAAUUGGGUUCCAUGGUGGUUCUAAGUCAAUAGCAUGGAGCCAACAUGGAUGCCAGUUUCUUGAACUGAUGAUACAAUGUCUGGUGUAUAAGAGCUUUUCUAUGGUGGCAGUAUUGAUCCAAGCCAUAAACGAGCCUUUCACUGUUAGUGUGGUGCAGGUUCCACCACAUCAGUACACACACACACACAGAGCGCGCAAGCAUGAUAAGCAGGUCUUAAGUUCAGCACUAUUGUACAAAGCAUCCAAAGUGUAGUUGAAAAUGUAAUGUUUGUGUCUCCUUUGCAUUGUUGACUACCUGCCCCUGCCCCCAGAAAGACCAGAAGCAAGGACUGACCUAGUCAUAGAAUACUGAAGUUACUGUCAGUAAAAGUAACUCUCUAUUGAGGGGACACUGUAUGUUGAUGAUUAAACAAUACAUAACACUGCAGUCAUCCUGGGUCACAGUGGCACUUUGUUGGUGGCUGUUUUUCUAGGAUCAUUUUGAACAAGUAUCUAUUCCAUGUUCACAGUAUGCUGUGUGUCACCAGACCCAAGGUGGUGGAAGUCCCUCAGGCUCCCGUGCCAGACUCUUCAGGGUUCUAGGCUCUCCUAAGAUACAAUGAGACUAGACCUGACUGUCAGUUGUCAUUACUGUACACUACUGUAUGGGGUCUUGCUAAGAAGGUCUCAAAAUAUAAUGGGGACUAAUUAACACAGUGGUUCAUUGAGACUGAAUAGAGAAUAGUCUCACUAUGAUAAUGAAGUGAGGUAUCAAUAUUCUGACAACUUUAUGCAUGUCCAUUAUUUGUGUUUUGCUGGGCAAGUGUUGGGGUAUGUUACGUAGUGUGUGAUGCCAGAGGGAAAAUGUCAACUCAAGGUAUCGUACAAUAUAGCGCUUUUUAAACGGGGGUAUAGAUUUAGUUGUUUUUUUUAUUACUGAAACUAAACUAAUGUAUUGUUUUGACUUUUGUGCUAGUUUGGAUGGGGAAAUGCUGGGUGGGGUUAGAACAUGAGGGUGUGGUUUAUAUAUGGUUAUUGUAGUUACCUAUUCUGUUUGUAUUAUGAUUUGUAAUAUGAAAAAAUGACUGACAAUAUGAUGUAAUGUCAUUAAUUCAGGGGACUGAAUCUUGACCUUUUUAUUGACAAUGGUGGAAAAACAAUAAACAAUUAUGUACAAAAAUAUAAA